UAUUUAAAGCCCUGGGUCGCCCCUCGCUUGGUUCGUCGUCGCUCUCCCCCCUUUCCCAGCCGCUCGACCGCCAGCCGGCAACCUCACCUCCCCGCCCAUCGCAUCGCACCACAUCGCAUCGUAGGAGCAAGCUCCCGCCACUAUACCUCAGCAUGUCCACCCGCCGUCUCUCCAUGGCCUCCACUGCCCAGUCCGAGGCAGAUGAGGAGUUCCAGGCAAAGCUGGUCGCUGCCGCCAGUGCUGCCCAGGCCAACCCCGACAAGGCCGCAUCCGACAUUCAGGCGCUGGUUUCGCAAGAGUAUCGCAACCGACUGACCAUGGCCGCCGAGGAAGGCGACGUCGAGGCCCAGGUUUCGCUGGCUCAGAUGUACAUUGCCGGUGCCCCCGAGUUUGGAUUCACCAUGGACGAGGACAAGGCCUUGUUUUGGUGCCAGAAGGCUGCUGAAGCGAACAACGCCGAGGCCCUGUACCUCCUGGCCCGGUUUUAUGAAUCGGGCUUUGGCGUUCGAAAGGACGAAGACGAAGCCGUGAAGAUCUACUACAGGGCUGCUGACUGUGGCAGCGCCGAUGCUCAGUACAUGCUUGGCCAGAUGCUGGAAAUGGGCGACCCGCAUGUUCUCAAGGACGAGUCCAAGGCUGUUCACUACUACAGCUUGGCUGCCGACCAGGCACACUCCGAUGCCGCCUAUCGCCUCUCGGUCUGCUACAAGAAGGGCAAGGGCGUGCAUGCCGACGAAGACGAGGCUCUCAAGUGGUCCCACCGCGCCGCCGUCACUGGCAACCUGGAUGCCUGCUAUUCGAUGGGCAUCACCACGAUCUCCAGCUCGGCUGGAGACUGGCAAACCCUGCAGCGCGGCAUGCUGUGGCUCGAGCGUGCUGCCGAUCGUGGCCACACCGACGCCUUCGAUAUGCUCCAGACCACGUACUCGACCGUCAGCAAGACCCAAAGCGAUCGCAUGAAGACCCUGCGGCCCCUUGCCGAGCAGGGUGACUCCAAGGCUCAGCUGGAGCUUGGCCGGCUCUACAAGACCGGUAUGAAGGACCCCGACUCGGCGGCUGAUGUUUCCAAGAAGUGCGCCAUGCUCUUCUAUCAGUCAGCCACCCAGAGCAGCUCGGAGGGCGAGUACGAACUGGCCCGCAUGUACGACUUUGGUGUUGGCGAUGUCAGCAAGCAUCUGUUCAAGGCCGCCUGUUGGUACAUUGAUUCGGCGCGCCAGGGCAACAACGUCUUUGCGAUCCUGGCCCUUGCCGACCUGUUCCAGAAGGGCGGAACGGCCGACUCGCACGGCCACCAGUUCCCCAAGGACCCCGAAAAGGUCGCUCUCUUGCGCGCCAGCGCCAUUGCCGUGCUCGACGGAGAGAAGACCACCCUGCCCAACCUCGACCUGCCUAUCGAUGUCGAGCGUUUCCUCGAGGGCGAAAAGUCGGAUGCCAAGCAGCGCUUCAGCCGCCAAGAAGCCCGCAAGAACGCCGCCAACGAUACCUCGAGCCUGAAGAAGGAGGUUUCCAGCAGCCUGUGGUGCUGCUUCUGAUGUAGCAACACUAACACGCGUGUUGUCUCGUGCUGCCGAAGAUAUGCCACGACCCCUUCCCCGUCCCGAUGUCGCCUGCUCCCGUCAGUGCAGCUAUGGCUCCCUCUGUCUUUGCUUGUGUCGCCAACGUUCUUUUUGCUGCCUGGCUUCCUUUCUUUGUAGCUCAGUCCGUCGUAAUGUGUGAUGGAUUAUCUGUCAGUGGCCUGCGUCUACUUGCCAAAUCUCUGUCGUUUCAGCAUCUUUUAUUGACGUUGCAGGCUCGAUGGCGGUCCGUCCAACAAUCAAAUGGCCGUGCUCGCCGUUGUUCGGAGAUGGCGGUGGACAAACCACACGAUAGUUACACUGUAUGUCUAUUGUGUCCCUAAACCCUUCACAUCCCUCUCCGCUUGUUGCCCAGUUUGAUAUUCUUGUCCCAGCCUCUCAAUGUAUACAGCUACGACUUUGCAAACGGAU